GGCUCUGUGGGACCGGCAGCGCCCGCCCUCACCCGUGGGGUGGGCUUGGCCCCGGCGGAGCCUGCGAGGGGGCUGAGGGGAGCCCGCAGCCCGGCCGGGAGGUGGCCCCCGACGGCAGCGCUGUGUUCAGUCAAGGUGUGCUUGCUGGGCUUUAUGAAAGCAGUGUGGAGACCACAGUGAGAGGAGGCCAGUAGACCCUGGUGGCAUGGAGCUUCCCAGUUACAGCAAGCAGCUGCUGCAGCAGCUGUACGCUCUCUGCAAAGAGCAACAGUUCUGUGAUUGCACCGUCUUCAUUGGAAAUGUUCAUUUUAGAGCACACAAAGUGGUUUUGUCUGCUGCUAGCCUGCUUUUCAAAUCCUUGUUGGACAGCACAGAUACAAUCUCCAUCGAUGCUUCUGUAGUGACCCCUGAGGAGUUUGCGCUCUUGCUGGAGAUGAUGUACAGUGGCAAGCUCCCACUGGGGAAACACAAUUUCACCAAAGUUAUUGCUGUGGCAGAUAGUCUGCAGAUGUUUGAUGUGGCUGUUAGUUGCAAAAACCUCCUCAGGGACCUCAUCAGCUGUUCUACUCAGGACCAGGUAGUGAGAGAAGUCUCCAGCCAGGCAGCAGACUCAUCUGGAAACCACGCUGAAGCCAAUAACCUGCCCCAGUCUGGAAAACCCGAUGAAGGAAAAAUAGAUACCCUCCUCCCUCAGAGAGUUUCCCCUUUUCCUGGCCCUGUAGAAGCAGAAAUGGAAGCAGAUGUUUCUCCUCCUGGCCAGGAACUUACCGUGAAUCACACCUGGGUUCACCAGGAUGCAAUGUCAAGUGACUCCAGAUCCCUCCAGGAGGAUUCAGGCUCUCAUCCUGAUGAGCCUGCCUGUGCUGAGCAGGGUGGCUGUGUGGAAGAGGAACUUGCUGAGCCUCCAGAGGAGGAAGGAGGAGUGAGGGAUUUAGCAGCAGAGAGUAAAAGCUGUAAACUGCAUUUCUUUCUUCGAUAUGAAAGUGUUUUCUCUGAGGCCCUUUCUGAUGCCCAGGCUGUGCUGAAAAGACUGGAAGAGUGCAGAGAAGUUGAUGCCUCUCAGAAGGAGGCUGUGGCUGCCUGUCUGGCAGAGGCGGGGGAACAGUCGGUAUACAAGAAGCUACUGAGCAAAGUGAAGGAUGCUCAGACCCUGGAUGCUCAGACUCUCGUGUCUUUACUGAAACUGUUUCAAGAUGUGAGUCCCAAGCUGAGAGCAGCUUUGCUGGAGAAGGAACAGGGCAGUGGAGAAGCCCUGCGGCAAACAGAGAGCACAGACGAGGGAGAGAUGCUGACUGCUCGCUUGCUGGGACGCAGGGAGGAGCUGAUCCAGAGCGUGACACAGCUGAGCCCCAUCGUGGAGUUCUUGGAGGCAGCAGAAGAGGGAUUCCUGACCGCCUCGGAGAAGCGGGUGGUUUUGGAUUGCUGUGAAGGCAGCUCGCAGAGGGAAGCCAUGGACAGUCUGCUCAGGAAGGUGGAUGAAGAGAAAACCCUGAAAGUGGAAAGUUUGGUCAAACUUCUAGGGGCUGUGAAAGCAUCGUUCCCUGGUCUCCACCUUCUGCUGGACAACUUGGUAGCAACAGCAAAUGUCUCUGAUGGCGACGCCAAAUGGAGCCCAGAGGAUUAUGGAGCCAAACUGUUGAGACGAUACCGAGAAAACUUAGUGGAGCUUCUCACAGACACCCAGACGCUGCUGCAGGGCAUCUCUGCUGCACAGAGCCUGGCUCCUGCUGAGAGAGAGGCGAUGGAGCAGGUUGUGAAGCGUGAGGCUGGUGGUUUUGCCUCCCUCAUUUCGGCAGCGCUGGAGGAGCGGUCUUUGUCGGUCUCUGCUGUUUGGCAGCUGCUGCUGGCUGUGCGGGAGCCCGCACCGCUGAACCUGCUCAUGGAGGAGAUCCGGAAACAACCCGGCGCAGAGUUUUUCUUCCAAGCAGUGGCCACCAGCGAGAGCACAGCCAUUGAGAUCAUCCUGCGGCACAGCAAACUGAUCUCGGAGGCCAUCCAGCAGAGAGCGGACCUGGAGGGCUUGGCUCCAGGGGAGGCAGGACUCACAGAAGCAGUAAAAGAGCUACUGAGUAUUUCUGCUCAGAAGGAAAGUUCAGAGGCCUCCUUGAAAGCAGCUCUGAGCACAGCCCAGGAGAAGUCUGUCCCGGCCAUCAAGAUCUGUCAGUUUCUGUGUAAUGUCCAUGAGUCAUUCCCGGACCUGCAGCCAGUGAUGCAGGAGCUGGGGCACGUGGGUCUCUUGACUGAGGGAGGCGGGGAGAAACCUGGGAUCAGGAAGUGGAAGGUGAAUAGUGAAUCCCAAGUUGAAGCUCUGGGCAAAGGUGAGGACAAAGAAGGAGGUGCCAGUGCCAAGGAGCUGAAGGAACACCAAGAAAAAGCUUCUUCCAAGAAGAGUUUUGUCUGCAAAGCUUGUGAUAAGACCUUCCACUUCUACUGCCGCCUGAAGGUGCACAUGAAACGUUGUAGAGUGGCCAGAGGAAAGCAAAUCCAGUGUAAGGACUGCAGCGAGGUCAAAUCGACAAAGAAGGAGCUGGAGAAGCAUCAGUUGGAGGUCCACGGGGUGGUGGGGGUGGCCAAGAAGAAGAAGCGCCUCCCUGUGUCAUGUGACAUCUGUGGCCGAGAGUUUGCUCAUGCCUCAGGGAUGCAGUACCACAAGCUGACGGAGCACUUUGAUGAGAAGCCCUUUUCCUGUGAGGAGUGCGGGGCCAAGUUCGCAGCCAACUCCACGCUGAAGAACCACCUGCGGCUGCACACGGGGGACCGUCCCUUCAUGUGCAAGCAUUGCCUGAUGACCUUCAUGCAAGCCUCAGCCCUUGCCUACCACACCAAGAAGAAGCAUGCUGAGGGGAAGAUGUACGCCUGCCAGUACUGCGACGCCGUGUUCGCCCAGUCCAUUGAGCUGUCGCGCCAUGUCCGGACUCACACGGGGGACAAGCCGUACGUCUGCCGGGAGUGUGGGAAAGGCUUUCGCCAGGCCAACGGGCUCUCUAUCCACCUCCGGACCUUCCACAACAUUGAAGAUCCCUAUGACUGCAAGAAGUGCCGGAUGAGCUUUGCCACCCUGCAGGAGCACCGCAAGCAUGUCCAUGAAGCCCACUCCCGGGAGUAUCACCCCUGCCCUACCUGCUCUAAAGUCUUCAGUGCCCCGUCACUCCUGGAGCGCCACAUGGUGACCCAUGUUGGGGGAAAGCCCUUUAGCUGUGAAAUCUGUGACAAAGCUUACCAGCAGUUGUCAGGGUUAUGGUAUCACAACCGGACCCACCACCCUGAUGUCUUUGCAGCUCAGAAUCACCGCUCCUCCAAGUUCUCCUCCCUGCAGUGCAGCUCCUGUGACAAAACCUUCUCCAGCACUGCUGCUCACCGAAAGCAUGUCAAGGCAGAGCACACAGAUGUGAAGUUCCAUGAGUGUGAGACAUGCAAGGAGCUCUUCCCCACGCUGGCUCUCCUGCAGGUCCAUGUGAAGUGCAGGCACUCAGGCUCCCAGCCGUUUCACUGCUUGUACUGCUCAGCAUCCUUCCACUUCCCGGGGGCCCUGCAGAGCCACGUCACCAGCGAGCACUUUAAGCAGACGGAGAGCACCUUCACCUGCGAGCUCUGCGGGGAGCUUUUUCCAUCCCAGGGCGAGCUGGAGGGGCACUACAGCGCGGAGCAUCCCAAGGUGGUUUUCUCCCAAGCCACCACAGCCCAGAUCGUGCAGGUGAUUCAGACGUCGGAGCAAGGAGCAGCAGAACAUAUAAUUUCUUUUGAUGACUCCCAACUCGCUGGCUCCCAAGUCUUUGUGACGUUGCCCGAAUCCCAAGUGAGCCAAACUGGCUCUGAGCUGGUGGCUGUGACUAUGGAGGACUUGUUUGAUGACAAAGUCACUCUGAUUUGUGAAGAAACCAAGUGACAGUGAGUGGCGGGUGCCCAUGUGUGGUGCCCAGUAUCCAUUAGACUCAUUGAGGAGCUGUACCUCAAUGUGCUGCUCCAUGAGGGAGAUUCAGGGUUUCUUUGGGAAAGCAGCCCCACGUAUGUGAUGCUGCAAAAGAAUUGUCAUGCAGCAAGCCCAGCAUGGCCAAGGACAGGAGAGGUUUCUAGGCAUUCACAAGGGCCUGGGAAAUCUCCCUGCAGUCAGCAGCUACCAGCUCAGGUGAGCUGGACCACCCGUCUCUCCUGGCUCAAGAGAAAUAAAGCAACAGAGGGGAAAGAUGGGAAUUGGGUGUGUUCAUGUGUGUUCCUCCACUGCUGUGAACAGAGUGGAAGGGAGGGCACUAGUGUGGGACAAAGUUGGGGUGGUAUGGGUGUGUGAAACCAAAGAAAAAGCUGUCCUGAGAGUUCGAGCUGGAGAUUUUUGUGGCUGAAUUAGUGAUGUGCUCGCAGGUAUCUGUUAUUCUGCAGGGUGAGUAAGGGCUGCUUUGUUUCUUCUGUUGCUCUCCCCCUGUACCGCUGUGCUGCCUAGAAAAGUCCUCUAGUGCAAAGCUGACACUUGGACCUCUCUGCUCCAGCAGAGACUUCUUGGGAGUUGUGCUGAAUGGCUUCAUGGCUGUUUAGAUAGUAUUUUGUGUAGCACAGGUCUGAUCCCAUCCAUGCUUUUGCCGCGGCUGUCCGUUACAAAUAAGGGUCACAGGCAGGUCUGGGCAUCCAUGUCCCCUCUGUGAGCAAACAGCCCUGAGAUCUCCCACCCCUUCUCUAAUCCACUGAGGACAUGCUGAAGCUGCCACAUCUGAGAAAGAAGCUGUGCCAGCAUCUCAGGGCCCCUCGUCACUGUUAUCAGUGGCUUGGCACUGAUGAAGGUAUUUGAGUGUGCAAUAGCUGCUGUGACUGCACAUAGAUGUUCCCGGUGGCACACAGGGCAUUACUUUGUAAAAUGCAUUCAAAUACCUACUGUAAAGUUUGCUUCUCUGGUGCCAGCAUGAUGCAGCAGCUUCAUUGCAGCACGCUGGCCCCUUUAAGGCUAAAUUUCAUAAAGCUUUUUAUCUGCAGUUUCCUAAAAUAUAAUCUGAUAAUUAAUGGUUUGCUGAAUCCAUUAUGAAGUGCAAUUAGAUAGAUGCGGGGUUCCUGUGGCUCUGAGGGGACUGGUAGCAUUUAUCUUCCUUUCCCUCAUGCCAAAAGGUUGAGCCCUGCCACUGCGAUAUUUACAUACUGAGCAGUGAUCCCUGCUGCAUCUUGCAGCCCGAGACCCUGUGGUGAGCAGUGCCCAUUUUAUCAUGCUGCCCAGAGCCACAGGAGCGCAGGAGAUGAACAGAUUGGAGUUUUCCAGCAGCAUCUUGUGCUGGCUGCUCCCAGCCUCCAGGCAGAAAUGGGUUGCACAGGAGCCUGCCGAGGCAUUUGUGCCAGUGAGAGUUUGUUGUUCCCGUUACAACUUGAAGAGAAGAAGCAAACAGCAAGGGGUGCUCCCAGGAGAGGGGCUUGGUGCAGCUGAUGUUCUGCAUGGCAUUGCGUGUGUGUGUGGCAGCAAGGGUAUGACCCUGUUGAGGUGUUGCACAUGGCUUGAAGGGCUCUCACCUUUCUCCUCUUCGGUUGCAUGCACGGCUUGUCCCCCAGGCUUUGUGGAGAUGGUGAAAUGGAGGAAGCCGAGGUUGUCACUGAAUCCAGGAAUGACCAGGAGAUGGUGCUCAAGGUCUUGAGGAUUAGUGCUGUUGGCCAGGUGCCUCUUCACCUUUGCUGGAGCUUCUUUCAGCCUUCCCAGGCCUUCCCCAGCUCCGGGGCUGGAAGGUGCAUUGCCCUUGAGCCACUGCAAAGCUGAAGGACAACUCCAAGCCCUGGACAGGACACCUCCAAAUCCUGGAUACCACUGCUUAAAGAAGAGCCUGAAACUAGGCUGUGGCCACCUGUGGAGAGGGUAAAAAACAUCUGUUAGUGAAGUGGUGAAAAAGCCUGGGACCUGCCUUGGCCAGGAGGAGAGGAGGAGGGGAGCUGCUGGAGACCAUCUCAUGCCUGCCUGGACACAAAAGAGCUGUGUGUGAUUAGAAUGAGCAUGGGGAUAAUGACAGAACAAGCCAGUAUGUCUUUUGUCAGAUGGUCUCAGAGCAGAUGUGUUGGGAGGGAAGCAGUGGAUUUUGUCCCACAGGCUGGUAGAGAUGGAAGCUGUUCCCCCUUUUCUGGCUCUGGCGGGGCUGGAAGUCCUGCACAGGCUGUGUCAGUGCUCUGGAGCAGGGGAUGAAUUGUCCAGGUGAUGCUUUGCAGAUGUCCUAGCCUCCCUUUGGGAACCAAUAUCUGCAGGGAGCAUUGCAGGUGAAGCUCAUCUCCCUGAAAAACUCUGGAGGAAGAGUAAAGAUUUAGCAGGGUUUGUGGAGAAGUGGCCUUAUUUAUAGCCCUCCAGUAAGGCAGAGGGAGCUUAGCUAGGGAAGAGCCUAUAAGUGAUGUGUUUUGGCUUUGAUCCAUUUGGUCCCUGUUUACCAGGUGUUGUCACAGUUGAAGGAGGACAGUGUGGAUCACACACCAGGCAUGGUUCAGGCUCGUGUCUCCUGUUUAGGGCCAUCUCUCCUGCCUUUGUGCCCAGCAAGAGCCUGCAUGGAUGUAUCCUUGGCAGAGUCCUGCCAGCAGUAUACACCCAGUGAGAGCUCUGCAGCUGUACAGAGACCAUCAAGCAUCUCCUGUAUCAUUAUGAGGAGGUAACAACUCAGAUCCCCCUGUUUCAGUUCCUUCUUGAUGGAUGAAAUAUGCACGUCAGUGCAAACUGCAGUGUUAGCAACACCUAUGUCCUACCUGGGAGGAAGAUGUGUUUCCCAGGGCACAUUCUGGCUUGGUGUGCACAACGCUGAAGGUGCUGAUCACUAGCAAUUUCUUGCUAUGCUGCAUAUUAUCUUUUUCUCUGUAAAAAUAAAACGUGGAGAUUGAAAGAUGUAGCUACAGAGUGUCAUGUGAAGAAAUUGACUGGAAGGAAAAAUCCUUGUUUCUGAAAAGAUGAUUUUUGCAGGUCUACCUCCAGGUGCUGGGUGACCCGUUGGGUUUUGCAGGGUCCUGUGCCCCUCUUGACCUUGGUGCCGUCCUCUGUAGGGAAGUGAAGGUGCUGUCACGUCAGGCUGGUGCAUGGCACUGUCCUGCCCUUCGCUGUCCCGCUGUUGAAAGUGCCAGAUGCUUUUGGAAAAUGAGCAGAGUGCCUGUAACAGAAGCCUGGGGAGUAGCAUCCCAUUAGAUCAGUUAAUGAUUAUAUAUCUCUUUGCAUUAAUUGGUGCCAUUUAGAGUGCAGGACUAAGCUUGUGACUAUUAGGAAAUGUCUGUUUUCUGCACGAAUUUCAUUCUGACCUGGUGUCUGUCCUGUUCGCUGAAGGAUCCUUUGGAAAAGGCAGGGUGCCGCUGGAUACGGCAACGACUGUCAGCAGCCCUCACUUGGCAUUUCCCAAUGCAGGUGUAGUUUUGGAGCCCCAAGGUGUUAUUUCAGCACAGUAUAUGCAAAUUCCAUGCUCUGGGCUUUGUUUGUUUGUUUGGGUUUUUUUUCUGAAUCCAACCCAUCUAUGAUUAGGUACAAAGAUGAUGCUGCCUUACCCAGGAACAAGGGAUGGAGGUGGUGGUGGGAGCUCAGAUGUUGCUUGAAGCCUCUCCUGGGGGAGAGGAGGAGGAGGGCAGGUCCCUGUGGUCUGAAACCUGUGUGAGUUGGGCAAGCCCUGGCAGCCCCUGCACCCCGGCUGAUGCUGAUGUCUUGGCAGAUUGCAUUACUGGGCUGGUAGGCUGCCAGCACGUCCCCAGCGAUUCCAAGCACUGGAAAAGGGAAGCGAUGUUUCCAAUGGCCUCCAGCUCAGCAAACACCAAGCAGCAUUUCGCAGGGCAGAGAUUAGAAGCUGCAGCAGCCAGAGGGAAUUCCCUCUCCCGAUUAUCAGUGGUUUGCUGUGGACGGGGAGAGCAGAGGUGCUUCCCUGGGAUAUGGGCUUGGGAACCUUUUGUAAUGGGGAGGAGCAGGCUGGCUAAUGGAGGGGGCUCGGCUGCCUCUCCAGCAUCGGUUAAUGCAUCUAAUCCCCCAGCACAGUCAGCUGUACGGUGCCUCGUUGCAGUAAGUCCCCGCAAUUCCUAAUUUCCUGUCUUAAAACAGUAAUUCCUUUUAUCGGGUCUGCACCCAGCCUUUCGCACACGCUGAGAGUGCAAGCUGAAGUUCUCUCUUUGCUUCCCUGCACCAUUUAUGAUCCCUCAAAGCAGGAAAUCUGCCCAGGUUUCUAAUCAUAUUUAAGCAAACCUGAUAAAGUGUAGCUCUUAGUCCAUUUAAUACGAGACACAUGGAUGCUGUGUAGCACCUGCUGUUAGGCUGCUAUAUAUAGCUCUCAUCUACCAAAGGGAGUGGGGCUGGGAAGCACCCAAGGGUCCCACCAUGGCACCUGUUUCUGUGACCUGCAAGGAAACAGAAAGUCCUUGCUGGCAAAGUGUGCAGGCGAGACAGAGCCUGGAAAAAUGAUAAGGAGCAGCGGGGAUCUGCAUCGCCUGGCACGUGGGCUGUGUCGAACUGUGUGCAUCUUAGUUAGAUACCCAGCCUGACAUUUAGAGACACUGGGAAGAGGCGAUGCUGAUGUGGAGAGAGGACUGUGGUCAGGCUGUCUGAGAGCAUCCUGAGGUGUGCCAGUCGUAACCGGAGGCGUGCGGAGCCGUGAGUGAUGUUUGGGGGCUUUAGUAGCUGCUCUUGGCAGAAGCUGGAAGGUGUUUACUGCUGCCCCCUGCUCUGAGCAUUGCUGCAACUAGAUGUCAUUCCCCUACAGCUGCUCAUCUACGGCAGUGUGUGGCAAGUCAAUGACAAACUGAAGGCUGUGUAGGAAACAACUGCCAGCGCAAGCUGGAAAAUCUGCCUUAUUGCAUGAGAGUGAAGGAGCUUUAAUUGCUCCAUGUGGCUAAGGAGUGAGCUGGUAGCAGCCGUCACCCCCCCAGUGCCAGGGGACUGUGCUCACUCCCAUCUCUGUACUUUAGCAAAGUGCUGAAGGGCAUCCUUGCUAGUAAGGGUCCAUCUGUACAGAGCACAAAUGCUUAAUUUGCCUUAUUUUCCUUCCCCUCUCGGAUACCCUUGAGAUCGCCAGCAUUGAGGGCAGUCCAGACAGUGACCUUUUCACUUCUAACAGGAGCAGUCAUUCCCUGUCUUGUUCCUGGGGUGCUCAGGGUCAGGUUUGUUGGCCGAUAUUUCCUUCAUUCCCUGAAUCAAGGAUAUUUAGAGCCCGGCAGCAUAUGGGAAACCUGGUCUGGGCCGGCUGGCUGCUUGUGUUCUUCUUUUGUGCUUCCCACACCUUCUCCCACUGGCCCCAGCACCCCUUGCAGAUGGGGAGGGCUGGGCAGGAUGGCUCUGUUGUACCCAUCCUUGCUUGGAGCACAAAGGAGCUACCAACAAAUGGGUCUGUCCAGACAGAUUAGAUCUAGUUUGGUGCUGUGCAAAAUCACAUUGGCCCACAGGUCUUGCAGCCACUGGGGCCUUCCUGCCAGAGAUGGAGUUUGCUCUCCUCCUCUUGGCUGUAAUAAGGUGAGCAGAGCUCUGCCUCAGGUUUCAAACUGCCUGUGGAGAUAAUCCGUCCCUCCAGCUGUGCCGAACCUGCUAACGGGUAUGACGAUGGCUUUCCCUGACAUGUGAAUCUGGCUUUCUCUGCCCAAGGAGGCCAAGGCCAUAUGCCACCUACUCUGUGGCGGUGGCCUUCUCGGCCAGCACUUUGGUAGGGAAGAGUUGAGCUCCAGUCCUUGCCAGCCACCCUCACUCCUUGACUUUGCUGUGCUUCACCUGGACAAGGUCUCCCUGUAGGUUCACCCCAGCCCUCCACCCACCCUCACCUGGCUUCUCAUCACCCAGAGUAUCUUCCCCAAAGCUUAUCCCGUGGAGAUGGUGCAUCUUUGAUAUACACUUGCCACGAGCUGAUCCCCGUGCAGGGCUUUGCUGUCUGUAGAGACUACACAUGGAUGCACAUCUGGAAAAUCUCCAGUUGCCGAUAAAUAACUCCCAUUCUGGCCUUCUGCAGGAGUCACAAGGAUGGCUCUGUGCCGGGUGAAAGAUGGGGGGGAUGACCAGAAGGACCCCCUUGGCAAUUACAAGCAUGUGGGUUGUUUUCUUUAUCCAACUUGUAUUUUCAUUUCUUCUAGCUCAGAGGCUACAGUUGAGACGGUAUUUAGAGCAGAGCAGCCCUGUCAGUUGAUACUUAAUGCCAUAAUAAUACUGCACUGGUUUAGCCCAUUGCACUUCAAACCUUAAGUUGUUGCUUUUGUCUCUGAACAUUUAAUAGCUGUCGCUGCUGAGCUGUCCAGCGACACACAGCUUUUUCCAGCGUGGUUGUAGAUGAUAGUGAAUGUGGCGAUACACAGGAGUAGGUCAGAUGAUCCCUAUGGCAUGCUUGAACUCCCAUUUAUCAACACUACGUUUCCCUUGCAGCGAAACUGGUCUCUGUUAGCAGUGAAUUCCCUCUGCAGCUCCCCACAGCCUCUCUCAUCGACUAACCCAGAUAAUCCUCUGCUAUCUGCCACAUCUCAGUAGAUCUAUUAAACACACAAAGUUCUGGUUUCCUUGUGCGUAACCAGGGUAGGUUACAAGAUUUUGAAUCCCCCAGUGCAGGAUACUGUCAGUUUUAUUGAAAGUCUAAAUAAACAAACCACUUUUAAAAUCCA